GAGAAAGCGAGUCUUCCCCGCGUUAUGGCGACGAUGCUGUCGCUCGUCCUGAUUGCGCUUUCUGCGUCGAGGCUGACGACUGCUGCUUUGCAGCGACCGCUUUAUAGCACUAUCCCUGUCGGCGCCAUCAAGCCCUCCGGAUGGGCGCUCGACCAGGCUCAAGUCCAAGCUGACGGUCUCGCAGGACAUCUCAGGGAGUUCGAUAGCUAUGUCGCGGGCUCUAUCUGGGUCGAGGGCGGCUCCAUCGAGUAUAGCGAGAUGCAUGAAGCAGCGCCGUACUGGUUCAAUGGUGCCGUUGCACUAGCUUACCAGCUACAAGAUGAGAAGCUCAUCGGCGAGGUUCGCGAUUUCGUCGACCACCUUCUUGCCACGCAACAAGAUGACGGUUGGCUCGGACCCGAGCAACCGAAUUUGAACGGUAGCCCGCGCCUCGUCUGGCCGCGCUACUUGAUCCUCAUGGGCUUGACGCAAUACGUCGAGGCCGAACCCUCCGACGCAACCCGUGUCCUGGAUGCCGUCCAUAAGUUCAUUGACCUGGUUUACGACAUCUGGAAGAACGGUACAUACGGCGGCCCGGAUCUCGGCUUUGAGUUCGAAUAUCAGUAUGUGCGGUGGGAGGAGCUGGUGUUGUCGCUGCAGUGGUUGUAUGAUCACGAUCCCAGAGGCAAGGAGGACCAACUCACCGAGACGAUGCAGCUCCUGCGCGAUACGGGAUACUCGUGGAAGAACGACUGGUUUGUCGAGGGCAAGUUCCCGACGCAAGAAGUGUGGACAUAUAUAGCGCAGACACAUGGUGUCAACCAGGCCGAGGCUCUGAAGUCUGAAGCCUUGACCUGGCGCAUCACGGGCGACGAUUCGGACAAGCAAAGCACCGUCGACAGGAUUGAUAUGCUCUACAGGUAUCAUGGGCGCGCUUCGGGGACUUACUCCGCUGACGAGCAUCUGGGUGGCCUCAAUCCUGCUCGAGGUACUGAACUUUGCACUGUUGUCGAACAGAUGUUUUCGCUGGCGCUUGUUUAUGCCACCUUCGGCGAUAAUGCCGUCGCUGACAGAGUUGAGAAGAUCGCAUACAACGCGCUACCUGCAGGGAUCAUGUAUGACUUUUGGUCUCAUCAAUACGAUCAGGAAGUGAAUCAGAUCUGGGCGAAGGAGAUGGACCCCAAGCCGUUCGGCGCGAACGGCCCUAGGUCCAACAUCUUUGGUUUUGAACCACAGUACCCCUGCUGUACGGUUAAUCAUGGUCAAGGCGCACCGAAGUACUGGGGUCACGCUUUCUUCACGGACAACUCCGAUAACUCGCUCGUGCACGCCUUCCUAGGACCUUCGACUCUGAAUACGACCGUGGGGGAUUCCAGCGUUCAAGUCACUGUUGACACGCUCUAUCCGUUCGGCAACGUCCUGAACUACGAGAUUACCGCGUCGGCUCCUACGGCUUUCAAGAUUCGUGUCCCAUCUUGGGCUCAAACGGGCAGCAGUACUAUCGCGGUCGGUGGUGGAGAUGCGACACCGCUAAACCCAGAUUCUGCGACAUCGUUAUACAGGGUCGAGAUUCCUGCGGGCUCGACGAACAUCGUGGUGAUCUUGGAUAUGCAAGUCGAGAUCGAAAAACGCCUGAACGGCGCCGUUGCUGUGACUCGUGGACCUCUGAAUUACGCUCUCGAGCUAGCAUACAAUGUCACGACUACUGAGGGCUUAAGGAGCGACCAAGCUGUGACAGACGUGAAGCGCCUCUAUCCGAACGCGCCGCAGGAGUACUUGACCGCAACCGAUAACCACACUGUCGACAACACUCUGCUUCCCACAUCGACCUGGGCCCUUGCCAUCAACCCCGGCACACUCACCGUGCAGGACACGUCCAACGACACGGACAGCAUCCCGCACUACACCUGGAAGCCCGGCAACCUGCCGGUCAGCAUGACGGUGCAGGCAUGCCCGAUUGCGUGGGACGUGGUCAACGGCACGGCGUCGGCGCCACCGCAAAGCCCAAACGCGUGCACGGGCGAUGUGUUCGAGGCGCGAUUGCUGCCAUUCGGGUCGAGUCAGUUGAGGCUGGGGGAGAUGCCCGUGAUGCAGACGUAAGAGAAGCGAGGGUACUUCAGCCCAAGAAGAAGUGAAAGAAUGCUCAGGGUUGACGAUGGGACGAUACUGCUGAUUCCUCAUACUUUCAUUGCAUGAAUUCAAUUGUACAAUUUGGUUUGGUGUUACAAGAAGGGCCGUCUUGCGAACGCUCAGACACACAAAGACAGAUUGUGAAGAUCAGUCUUAGACUAACAAUUCUGUGCACGUUCUACACCACGUCGACAAGAUAACCUUCGAAGUCCGUGUCCCCCUC